GCCAGGCUGUUUGGGCUUCAUCCUCGACCAUCCUAACAAGCAGGCUUUUUUUUCCCCAUCCCGCUUAAGCUCGUAAUACAUGUACUCGCUUCCCGUCAUGCACAGGCGUCUUUCCGGGCUUGAACCAGUUUGGUCGUUUGUGUUCCCGAUCCUGUUACCAUGAAAUUCGGUCACGCCUUCCAGGAGGCUUUAGCCGCCGAUAGCUACCCGCAACAUUGGGUAGAAAAAGCCAUCCCCUACCGCCAGCUCAAAAAGAUACUAGGGAAGGUUCGAGAGGAGCUCAUAAAAAAAGGCUACGACCCAGACACGCUCCACCAGCUCCUGACCGACCGUAACGCCGAAUACCGACUCGAGACAGAUGCCUUUCAUCUACUACGGCCAAGGCUUGUUGUGCGCCCAAGUCUCUCGUUAGAACACGCCGCGGUAGCGGGAUCUCCGAGCGAGAGUCCCCUAGAGCCAGAUGGUGCUAACGCUCCUCGCCCGCCCGAGCGAGGCCAGGGCCACGAGAGCUAUGAAGCCGACGAGUGGGUUAAGAUCCCUUUGAGUUCAGAUGUUCGGUUCUUCGGUCUCCUGCAGACCGAUGUCACGCAGCUCGACACACUCCAGGACGAGGAGCGGCAGUCGAUGAACGACAAGAUCAAGAAUUUGGGGUCCGAAAUUGCCGAAGUAGCCAAGCCGCGCAAGGGCAUGUUGAAUCUAUCCAAGUCGGACCUUUACCGCUGGCGCGAGAUCUUUGAGCUCUAUCUAGCUGCGCAGGUAUUCUUCUCGACGUAUGAAGUCGCGGGGGGGUUGCGGAAAAGCGAGAAAGCGCAAAAGCAACUUGUCUGGUUCCAGGACGAGGUCAACAAACGGCAGCUUCCGCAAAAAUUCAAGAUCGAGUCGAGCACUGCCGCGUAUGCCCAAUUCCUGGCUUUGAACGCAACUCUGUUGCAAAACCUGCAGUUUCAAGAGUUGAACCAGACGGCCGUCAUCAAGAUCAUCAAGAAAUUUGACAAGCGGACAUCACUGGGGGUGAAGGGGACGUUUCCGAAAGUGAUGUACUCUGCCAACUUCAUAUCCGAAACUAUUUCCAAGGAUAUCUGCGCCCAACUAGCUCGCGAGGUGGUCAGUCUCGUUCCACAGGUCGUUGACUAUUCGUGCACAAUAUGCCUUUCCCUCUGCUGGCUGCCUAUCCGACUCGACUGCAAGCACUUGUUCUGUAUCCGCUGCAUGAUUAAGAUGCAGAACCAGAACAAACGGUACUGCCCACUCUGCCGGGCUGACGUUGUUCAAAACGCAAACGAGACCCACAUCGACGACCAACUCGUGCGAUACCUUGAGCGAUGGUUUCCCAAGGAGACCAAAGAGAAACAGGUAUACAAUGAGAUUGAACGACGCAGGGAGUUGUUCGGGGAUAUUUACGUCGGGGACAGGGACCCUGCUCCAUGUACUGUGAUGUAAACCUUCUGGCCACGGUGAGCGUGGCGGUUCUUUCAGCGUUGACUUGCGCGCCCGU